ACAGUUGUAACCGCAAUGAACGCUAGAACGAUAGGUGCUUCUCUCUGGUACUCCUGGGGAUGGAACCCACGAAAUCCCCACGUGCGUAUACAUAUUCGUCGUCCGUUUACGGUAUAUGUUCCUGGGAUUUCCAUGUAUGGAGCUGUUUGAUUCUGAAUUUCUAGGUUUUCUCAGUUUUGGAGGAUUCAUGAUUCAGCUUAGGUUAUUGAAAUUAAGGAAAUUCUAGUUUAGGUGAUUUCGCUAUAUAUAUAAAAAGAAGAAAAGAAGAAAUGGAGGCACGCCCUGCUCUAUCUGUCCAAAGCACAGGUGCUGGGCAACUCAGUAAUUGUGAUGCAUUUGGGGCUCUUUCCUCUCCUUUACAUGUUCUUCCUACAAAUCUCAAAGAGAUAUACCCCAAGUUUCCAGAGUCGCAGCAGGUUUCCUUGGGGAGGGAUAUUAUCCAACAUCCUCCAGCUGUUCUAUGUCCAAUUCCUUCAGAUAGUGGAGUUGUUGGUCAUCUGCUUUCUUCAUCGUCUGGAUCAUCCGGAUUUUCUAGUGAUCUUAAAUUUUCUUCUGUUCCACCCCAUGAAAAGCACCCAAAGCAACCCUCUUUUCUUUCUCAGUCAACAACUCAUUCUGUCAUUCUUGAAGCAGCAACGUCAAGCCAUUAUGCCCAAGAAAAUAACAACUCCUGGUGUAUAGAUUCAUUUUCUGAUUUUCUUGAUUAUCCAGUAAAUGCCCCCGUGCAGAACAGUCAGCUGGAUUACAGUAACAAUGGUGAUUGUGUAUUUACAUCUGAGGAUCUUAGUAAACACAGUGAUUGGCAGGAAUGGGCUGAGCAACUAAUUGCUGAUGAUGAUGCUUUUACUCAUGAUUGGAACAAUAUUGUUGCAGAUACAUGUCCCACAGAUCCAGAGGCAAAGAUGCAAUAUCAGGCACCCAAUCAAUUUUCAAAUGUCCAAAAUCAGCAGCAUCAGGCAUCACAUCAUCCUGCAGCUUUAUCUGGAGAAGCAUUAAUAGUUGGUUCUGCUUCAUCCACCAUAAGUGGUGCUACAACCAAACAACGUAUGCGCUGGACACCUGAACUUCAUGAAGCAUUUGUGGAGGCUGUCAACAAGCUUGGUGGAAGUGAAAGAGCCACUCCCAAGGGUGUCCUAAGGCUAAUGAAAGUUGAAGGUUUAACCAUUUACCAAGUUAAAAGCCACCUGCAGAAAUAUCGAACUGCCCGGUACAAACCAGAUUCAGCAGAAGGAUCCUCAGAAAAGAAGCAGACUUCUGUUGAUGAUUUGCCAUCUCUGGACUUGAAAACGGGAAUUGAGAUCACUGAAGCAUUGCGACUGCAGAUGGAAGUUCAAAAGCGACUCCAUGACCAGCUUGAGAUCCAACGGAAUUUGCAGCUGAGAAUAGAAGAGCAAGGACGAUAUCUCCAGAUGAUGUUUGAGAAGCAGUGCAAGUCAAUGCCAGGUAUAGGUUUGCUCAAGGGAUUGCCAUCCACAGCAGAGAACCCCAACGAAAGUGAUCCAGGAGUGCCACAUAGUGAUCACCCAAAAACGGAUGAUGUAGUUAAUGUAGUGACAUUGUCGGACGACUCUCAAAUUCUGUGUGAGAAGCAAUGUGGGGAAGAAGUUACAGAAAUUCCAGAAAAAAAAUGUGGCUAGACGGAUCAUCUAAUUCACGGGCAAUAAACCGUGCCAAAGUGGACGAGUAAAAAUAAGUGUUGGAGCAUCUUUUGGCAACUCUUGGAAGUGGUAGGGAACUUGUCAGUGCAUUAUAUACAAUGCUUAAAAGCUUAUGCUAAGUAAUUGGUGUUUUAUGAGCAAAUGGCAUAUCCUGUCCUUUUGGAAAGUUGGCAACCAAAUUAUGCUCAAGGAGAAGAAAAAAAGUAAUUUUGUUGUUUACCCAUCCAUAUGGGCAGGGCAGGGUGUGUUUUGUAGCUGAAAUUAUUGGCAGCUUUAAUUUGUAGUCAGAGUCAUAGAUUAUUAUAGGUUAUAAGUUAGAAAAUGAUGAUGACAGCACUCCAAAAUAUUUGAAGAAUGGAAAAGUAAUGAAGCUUUCAUUGCAGGUGAAGAGGUACUAUCAUUUUUGUUGGAUGGAUAUGUAAUGUUAUAUGAUGUUAAUGGCUCCUUUAAUCUGUUGAAAUCACUGGCAGUUUGUAUAGCUGUGUGUAUGACAAAUUGCUGGCUUAUUUGUGACUCAAUUUGUAGACGAAGUUGGGAAACUUAUGUUAUAAAAAAAAAUUAAAUA